AUGUCUUUCUAUAACCUUUUGUUCCUUUAUGCGACUGUUCACACUGUCAUCCUGGCCUCCGUGGCCUUGGCACAGGUGACCUUUACAUUGAAGAAACGCUGGACGACCACUCCUACCUGUUCAGUGGCUGAAGCGUCCAAAUUAUAUUCCUCGGACGCAUAUACAGAUUUCGUGGCCGAUAACGUGCCUAUAUCGCCCGAGGCGUCACGUAAGGCACCCCAUGGCUUCGAGGUAAGUCGCAGCACCCCCUACCAUACCACUCCUACCACCACUCCUGCCACUAUCCCUGCCACUACUCCUGCUCUUAAUAGCCCUCCUCCCACCGCCAUCCCUGCCGCUACUCGUGCUCCUACCCUUUUAAUUAGUGCUGGCUCUUUUAUUUCCUCUACUCAUGCUCUUACCGACAUAUUCGACCUCAUUCCUAGCCCCACUCCCGUCCACAUAACGGCUAGUAUUCUCACUCCCGCUCUACUCGCAAUUCUACACCUAAUUCCACUCCCACCCCCCCUUCCACUCCAUUUCCCUCUACUACUAAUACUCUCGCCCUAUUUCCACUCCCAAUUUCGUUUCGACUUCAACUCCUAUGACUUCGCCCGCGCAACCAGAUGCGCAGGUGGAACCAAAUUUCCUUUUCCCCAGUCGUGCUCCAUGCGUGCAACCCAGUCUGCUCCUGGACGCAUGGCCCGUAUGACGAGACCAUCCCUAGCCAGACGGAUGGUUACUAAGCGUUGGGCCGAGGAUAAGGGUGAAUUGACUGGUAGUAACGGCAAGCCUGCUUAUGAGCUAUCAAGUUCCCGGUUUCCGGGAGCUCUGGAUAACCUCGCGUUGUUAGACCCGGAGUAUAUGUGGAACCCUACAACGGAAGACGUGGAGAUGGAAGAAUCUUUUGGGAUGGCAACCCCGGAGUUAACGAUGUCUUUGCCAGACCUAGACGAAUGGAUGGAGCCGCUGCCCUCAACUCCCACCCUAAACACUGAAGUGGGGACGCCGUGUGUGGAGGAUGUAGAAAUGAAGGAAGCACCUUGGGAUAGUGAGUGGGACGGUGAUGGUGAUAUAAAGAUGAAGAAUUUGGUAUGGGUGCGUAUCGCGGAAGAAGACGUAGAGAUGGGAUAUUGGUGUGAGGAUGUGGUGAUGGAGGAAAUUACUUAA